CUCCAGUCCCUGCCUGGGAUGUGCUGCAGCCCGGGUUGGUAUCUGAGGGCACAGGAAGACGACAGAGCAGCAGCAGCAAUCAAAGGCCCUGCAGCUUGUUGCAAGAUGUUUCUGCUGCUCUUGCUGCGCCUGCCGACACCAGCCCCUGCAGGGGAGAUGCCAGGCUGCAGAAUAAUGUCCGUGUUUCACUCCAGAUCGUCCCAUCCUCUUGGGGGACGGGAAAGGGAAAUGACUGCAGUAGCAGCGGCUCAGGAACCGGUGACCUUUGAAGAGGUGGCUGUGUAUUUCACCGAGGAGGAGUGGGCUCUGCUGGACCUGGGUCAGAGAGCCCUGUACCGGGAUGUCAUGCAGGAGAAUUAUGAGAAUGUGACCUCGCUGGGAUUUCCGAUUCCCAAACCUGAAGUGAUCGCCCAGCUGGAACGGGGAGAAGAGCCGUGGCUCACGGAUCUCCAGGGCUCAGAGGAAAGGGGAAUCCUGAGAUAUUGCCAUGCAGCUGAUGGGAUCAAGAAUGAGCAUGAAGAGGUGAAUCCUCAGUUGGGAGGUCCUGAGCAAGUGGAACAGCAUGGGACACUAUUAGAAAGAUUCAAAGAAAACAUCUGUUGGAGAGUUGGGCAAGGAAAAACCUGUGAGAAUCAGUGUAGCACAGAAAGGCCGCUGGGAAACCAGCCGGUGAAGAAAGUGGAUAAAUCCACUAAUUGUGGGAGAGGUUUGAAGCACCUCAAGAAAACCAGAGUCCAGAGGAUCCACAUGGGAGAGAGACCAAGCACAUGCAGUGAGUGUGGGAAAAGCUUCAGUAGUCAUUCACACCUUCUUAUACAUCAAAGAAUCCACACAGGAGAAAAGCCCUAUAAAUGCCCCCAGUGUGGGAAGAGCUUCAACCAGAGCCCAAACCUUGUUACACAUCUAAGAAUCCACACUGGAGAGCGACCCUAUAAAUGCCAGGAAUGUGGGAAAAGCUUCACUGCAAACUCCACCUUUAUUAAACACCAGAGAAUCCACACAGGAGAAAAACCCUAUAAAUGCCCCGACUGCGGGAGAAGCUUCAAUCAGAGCUCAGACCUUAUUAGACAUCAGAGACUCCAUACGGGAGAGAAGCCCUUUAGCUGCCCCGACUGUGGGAAAAGAUCCAGUGACAGCUCAGCCCUUAUUGUACAUCAGAGAAUCCACACGGGAGAGAGACCCUAUCGAUGCCCUGUCUGUGGAAAAGGCUUCACUUGCUCUUCACACCUGAUAACGCAUCAGAGAACCCAUACGGGAGAAAAACCAUAUAAAUGUCCUUACUGUAGGCAAAGGUGUCGUGUAAAAUCAGCCCUUAUUAUACACCAGAGAAUCCACACAGGAGAGAGACCCUAUAAGUGCCCCAACUGUGGGAAGACCUUCAGCAGCCGUUCACAUCUUAAUUCUCAUCAGAGAAUCCACAAGAGAGAAAUGCCUUUACACAGGAAUGUGUGUGGGAAAAGCUUCAAACGGAGCUCAGACCUAACCAGACAUGAGAGAAUCCACACAGGAGAGAGACCCUAUAGCUGUCCCAACUGUGGGAAAAGCUUCAACAAUAGCUCAGCCCUUACUUUACAUCUGAAAACCCACACAGGAGAGAGACCGUAUAAGUGCCUCAACUGUGGGAAAAACUUCACUCGCAGCUCACGCCUCAUUGAACAUCAGAGAGUCCACACAGGAGAGAAACCCUAUAAAUGCCUCAACUGCGGGAAAAGUUUCAGUGUGAACUCAGCCCUCAUUAGACAUCAGAGAGUGCACACAGGAGAGAAGCCUUAUAAAUGCCCUGACUGUGAGAAAAGCUUCAAUGUGAGUUCAUUCCUUAAAACACAUCAGAGAAUCCAUACGGGCGAGAGACCCUAUAGAUGCCCCGACUGUGGGAAAAGCUUCAAGGAGAGAUCAAGCCUUAUUAACCAUGAGAGAAUCCACACAGGAGAGAGACCCUUUAAAUGCCCUGACUGUGGGAAAAGCUUCAACCAGAUCUCAGCCCUUCUUCUACAUCAGAGACUCCACACAGAAGAGAGACCCUAUAAAUGCCCCGAUUGUGGGAAAAACUUCUGUGUGAGCUCAGCCCUCAUUAGACAUCGGAGAAUUCACACAGGCGAGAAACCAUAUAAAUGCCUUGAAUGUGGGAAAAGCUUCAAUGUGAUUUCAUCCCUUUGUACACAUCGGAAAAUUCACGCAGGAGAGAAACCAUAUAAAUGCUCCGACUGUGGGAAAAGCUUCAAUAUUAGUUCGUCCCUUAUCACACAUCAAAGAAUCCAUACAGAAGAGAGACCCUAUAAGUGCUCCAGCUGUGGGAAAAGCUUUAAUAUUAGCUCAUCCCUGAUUAAACAUCAGAGAACGCACACAGAAGAGAGACCCUAUAAAUGCACCAACUGUGGGAAAAGCUUCACUCGGAGUUCAUACCUUAUUAAACAUCAGAGAAUCCACAUGGCAGAGGCUCCUAUAAAUGCCCCUGUCAGUAGCCAUAGUAAAAAUAAACCAUUUCCUGAUUUCCCUGCUACACCAGUGACAUUUGGUUCCCAAAUAUCUGUCUGCCCCUCUCUGGGGUGAGGAUACAGCAGCAGACAAACCUGAACUGAUGAGUGACUCUGGUUCUGCCUGUCUAGAACACCCCAUGCAGAGCAGAAUACCUGAUCCACUCUGCCUCAUUGCUGCAGGCCCAGCUGCUGAGGCGAUGUGCCUCUCCGCCUGCUACCUGUUGGGCAAAGGAAGAGAAAAGAACUCCUCUGGAAAUUCCCUCUCCCCUUCUCUGCCCUUUCAUGGAGAUUAGCAGAAGAAAACUUGGGCCCCAUAUUCAUUCUAGAUACCUGUUUCCAUCUCUCUUCUUCUACCAGCCCAUGGGCUGGGCUCUCGCACUUAACUGGAGUUGUUCCCUGCAGUGGGGUGCCCCUGAGGGCUGGUAACUCCUUCUCUCCCCAGAUCCCCCAGGGUGCUUGGUUCUCAGGGGAUCCGAUGUUAACAGACCAGGAGGGAUGGAUGAUGGGCAGGUAAUGGAGGAAUUUAAUGUUUGGGGCUGAUGGAGAUGGGAACCAGAAGCAGUCAGAUGCAGGGUGUUGAGGUAUCCAGUGUGUGGGGAUCAUGGAAUAACAAGGGUGGAAAGGGAUGAGAUUAGGAAGGUACUUCUCCUAUACUUCAGCUCCUCUGCCCCUUUCUUUGUUCUCUUAGUAUUAAGAAAGCAUCACUGAGAGGGACACAAGAACUAGGGGUCACCAAAUGAAAGUAAUAGGCAGUAGGUUUAAAACAAACAAAAGGAAGUAUUUCUUCACACAAAGCACAGUCAGCCUGUGGAACUCUUUGCCAGCGGAUGUUGUGAAG